AUGAACUAUACUACUACAGCACCUGUUCUAAAAGGUAAUAUUCUCUUGUUGAUGCGUUGGCAAUUUCAUUUUUUGAUUUUUCGAGGGGUUUUCGAGAUAGUCGGAAAAAGUCGAAAGAAAAUUAUAGGUAAAACAUCAAAUAUUUACGGCGUACCGUUUUCGUUUUUUUAUUUUUUUAUUUAUGAAAUCAAAAUUUGUUAUCACCGAUCAACGUUAAGGUUUCAUUUUGUUUGUCAAUUUAACACGUUAGUGUUGAUAUACUUACGUUCAAUAAAACGACAUUCGGCGAACUAACAAGUGAAUUAAUAAAUGUAGAAUUUAUAGCUCAUUUAUCAACAAAUAUUUAUUUUGACGGAUUUCCUGUCGGCGCAAUUUACAUUUGCACGUACAUAACACCGGACGCAACAUAAUGCUAUGGCCCUAUAGAUACCUUUUUUUAUGACACAACUUGCUAUCUCCGAUGGAAACUUAGUGGUCUAAUGAUUAGACAACUAAGUUUUGUCAAUUAGUGCAUUAGACUCUAUGCACAUUUGCACCGUUACGCGUCUUUAAACGGACACAGAGAAUUGUAAACCUGUUGCUGGCCGAAACUAUCGUAAUAAUAAAUUAUCACCACCAUCAGAACAGGAUUUUAAAGAGUUGUUGGGGACGGUGUAUAUCCCCACCACCACCAAUCGGUGAGUUUGAAAUUUUGAUGUGAAAGUCGUUUAGAUUUAGAACAUUUCCGAAUCGCAAUAACUAUUUCAAAUUUAUUUUAUAUAAUUAUUGUAUGAUUGUAUUAUGUCUGAUGAAUGAUAUGAAUACUUAUCCAGUCUCUAAUCAAAUUCAUUUAUUUUAUACCUCACGAAUCUAUAAUUUCAAUUCGGGAUAUGAAAGAAUGGAACAAUACGUAUUUAGGUACGAGAUAGGUACGACAAGAAAAAAAAACAAAGCAUUUUACAUACCGAAAAAGUUUUAAAAAAAAAAAACUUAUAAAUCAAUUUUAUUGAAGAUAGUAUUAGACACUUCAAAAAACUUUUCCAAUAAAGUAGGUACAGUCUACAUUUUAUUUUCAUUUAUGUUGAUUAAUUAUUAUUUGAUUAAUCGUUGCAUAUAAAAAUACAUUAAAUUCCCUUUUGUAUCCUACCUUCCCAACUUCUCGCCUACAACAGUGGCCAAUCCACUAUAUAUAUGUCCGCCUUUUUUUUUUCUUGUAUUUUGCUUGAUAAUAGAGGAAAUCCGGAGAAAAACAUCGGAUAAAUAGAAAUAUUACAGCUUUUUUUUUAAAUCGAUUUUUCUUUUUGUAAUUUAAUAAAACUUUAAUCGUAGAAACCUGAAAUUUGUAGGUAAUGAAUACUUAUAUUAGCGUUUUCUAAAAGCGAUUUAAUAUUUAAAACACUGGCAUUUUUUUUAGUUACCUAUUUAAAACUUGAUUGAUUUCAUCCGUAAAAAAAUGAUGUUGUUUCGUAUAUUUUCUAACAAAUAUUUAAUACAAGAUUAAUAAGUUGUACUUAUUAGUGAAACAAAAUGUUGAUCUCUUUGUCGUAAUUUACUUUUAUAUGCGUUUAAAGUACAAAUGUAUGUAUACAAAUUGUCGAUAAUCAACUGGGACCGCAGAAAUCUCAAAAUCAGAAAUCUCCACGAUUCUAACUUAAUUACUCGUGUUUUGUAGCGAAUUUUUCGGCCAUUUAUCUUGUUUUUUUAAUAUCCGAAAUUUAUAUUGCAGAGCGAAUGGUCCAGGCACUGUCGGUUGCCGAUUUUCAAUCAGGAAUUCCAACCAGAACCGGUCAACUUGCAGAACAACAACCACCACCGGCGGGGUGGUGACGCGGCGGCGGUACAAGCCGCCAAUAGGGCGCAAGAAAUGGUGGUGGAGAGACUAGAACGGGCGGCACACAACCGCGUGCAGCCCGUCAAUCUGCAACAAGAAGACCGGGACCACAAUAACAGACACCACGCCUAA